CUACGGUCACAGAAAAUCCCUAAGAUUAGGGAUGAUGGAGGAUAACAACUCCGUCGAUGUCACAGAAGAAGUUGAGAAGCGAUUAACAGCUUUCUCCCUAUCAGCCAUAGAAAAUGAAAUAAUCGAUCUAGGAGAUGAAGAUGUUAAAGCAAGCAAGGAGGAAUGCCAGCUCAGUCUCUUUGGGAAAGUCGUCGGUGACAAAAGAGCAAAUCUUGUGGGCAUCAGAAGGGCGAUGAACCAGAUAUGGAGGUUAAAGAAUCAAGUGGAGGUACGAGAAUUGGAGCCAAAUUUCUUUCAAUUCCUCUUUACAAACAAGGAAGAUAUGAAAAAGGUAGAAGGAGGCACGAAUUGGAUUUUUGAAAAUCAAUAUUUGGUUCUCAAAACAUGGUAUGAGAAACUCAGAAGUACAGAUCCGUGCUUCAACGAAAUUAGCUUCUGGGUUCAAAUUCAUCAUGUCCCAUUAAACUGGCUCACAUCGGAAGUAGGGUUAAAGAUUGGUCGAAUUUUCAAAUCAGUGUCCAACGUUUUGGUAUGCAAUCUGGGACCGCAAGGAGGCAGGCUUAUCAAAUUACUGGUUUCAGUCGAUUGCAACGAGGCACUUCCCAGAUGCGCUACCAUCCGGCUGGGAUCACAACUUAUCACAGUAACUUUUAAAUAUGAGCGUCUGGUUAAUUUAUGUUUUUACUGCGGCAAGAUAGGUCACAUUGAAAAAAACUGCAAACAAAGAAUGGAUGACAUCAAGGCAAAGACGCUGAAGGAAGGACAAUAUGGGGAUUGGCUCCGAGCAUCAGAAGGCUUACAAAGCCAGCAUUGGAAUAACACCAACUCUAUUUCUAUUUCUACCUCGGAUCAUCUUCAAGACCAGGAACCAAACCAUUCAAGGCCUGAUGAUGUUACUAAUGCUCAAGGGGAACUCUUGAAAUAUUCAGCUGAGCAUAUAGGAAGCUCGAAAGAACCAGGGCACUGCACAUCUAAAGCGUUCAGCUCAUCAGACAAAGCAUCAACAGACCUACCUGAGAGCCAAAACAAUCAAAUUGAAGACCAUACUCGGGCAGAUCCUAUGCAGGAGCAUAUGGAUAGUCACAUUGUUGUUUCAACCUGCCAAAAGAUGGAAAUGGAGCAAGCCAUCAUUCCUCUAUCCACUACUCUACAAGACCCCUCACUAAAUAACAAGAAAGGCCACAUGAUAAAGGAAUCCAUUCGGAUCCACCACCCCUCUUUCAUUUUUCUUUCAGAAACCAAAAAAACAAAAAUUUAUACUCAGAAGGUGUGUUUCAAAUUGGGGUAUGGUUGCAGCAAUUACAUUGUUCCCCCUGUGGGAACAAGAGGUGGUAUGGUACUACUCUGGGACCCAAACAUUGAAAUUAUUCAAAUUCAUAGUCAGCCUUUUUUCAUAGCAGUUCAAUAUAUGGAGAGCCAGAUUAACAUGCCAUGUUGGGCUAUAUUUGUUUAUCUUAGCCCUUACAGAACAGAUAGGGAAGCCCAAUGGGAUCUGCUGCAUCAUGAGAAGUCCAAAUGGGGAACUUUAUGGUACAUGGCCGGAGAUUGGAAUGACUUAUGUAAGCCAGAAGACAAGAAAGGAGGGAAGACUAGAUCUCGAGCCAGCUGUUGGGGUUUCAAUAAUUUUUUGGCACAGAUGGGAGCUCAUGAAAUUGCUCAUAAGGGCCUUCAAUUUACCUGGGCUAACAACAGAUCAGGGGAAGGCUUUGUGGAGGAAAUUCUGGACAGAGUGUUUGUCUCUUUGGACUGGCUUCAUCAUUUCCCCUCAACACAAGUCACCAACUGGUUCAGGAGUGCCUCAGAUCAUGGCAUGCUCAUCAUUCAACCUAAGGAGGCAGUAGCUAAACAUAAAAGAAGAUUUCAGUUUGAUAAACGGUGGCUGCGCAAAGAAGGAGUUACUGAAGAAGUUCAAGCAGCCUGGGGGGAGGAGCAAACAGGAACUCCUAUGUACAUAAUCAAGGAGAAGAUCAAGAGAACCAGACAAGCCCUUCUCAAAUGGAGCAGAUACUUCCACUCUCAACAAUCAGCUAAAGUCAAGCUGUUAACAAUACAAUUAGAAGAACUUAGACAGGCUGGAGGAGAGAGGAAUUGGGAUGUUUGGGAUAGAAUACAGAAGGAAUUGGAUGAAGCCAACCUAUCAGAAGAAAUCUAUUGGAGGCAAAAGGCAAGAGCCUUAUGGUUCAAGGAGGGAGAUAAGAACUCCAAGUUCUUCCAUGCUUAUGCUGCUCAAAGGAGGAAAAUGAAUUCCAUUGUGAAAUUGAUAGAUGAAGAGAAUAGAUUAAUUGAAGAUCCAUUGGAGAUAGAGCAAAAGAUUUCAGAGCAUUAUCAGAAGCUGUUCACAUCAACAGGCUCUGAGCAAGGACAUCAUUUAUUGCCCCUAAUUAAAAAGACU